UUCCAAAGGCGAUACAAUCCAUAGGUAUGUAUGUAUCAUACUCUCCAUUAACAACCUUUCUUCAUCUUUCAUUAAUCUAUCAUCACAACUUCAUCAUUAUCCUCUCUUCAUUAUCAAAUCAUCAAAAUUCCACAGAAAUCGAAUCAUUGCAUGUUGAUUUAGACCACAAGGCAUGGGAAAAGUGCCAAGGUCAAUAGGAAUUCGAGUUCCAUCAGUGAAAUUAGACCUAAUUUCAUCUGAACCACUACAAGAACAGGCAUCCACUUCCGCCCCACCGCCAACAGAAGAAACCGGAGGAGGAUUGGAUAUGGAAAACAACGAUUUCCUUUGCCCUAUAUGCAUGCAGAUAAUUAAUGACGCCUUUUUGACUUCUUGCGGCCACAGUUUCUGCCACAUGUGUAUCAUGCAGCAUCUCCAGACCAAAAACGACUGUCCUUGCUGUUUUCACUAUCUCACUUCAAACCAUCUCUACCCUAAUUUUCUACUCAAUAAGUUAUUGAAAAAAAGUUCUAUAAGAGGGCAAGUACCAAACCCUGCAUCUCCAUUUGAGAAGCUUCAUCUUGCACUACAACAGGGAUGUAAUGUAUCAGUUAAGGAGCUAGAUAGUCUUUUGUCUGUUCUCUUGGACAAGAAAAAGAAAAUGGAGGAAGAAGAUGCUGAGAGUAAUAUGCAAACUCUGCUUUAUUUUUUGCAUUGUCUAUGGAAGAAAAAAAUUGAAGAGCUUAAUCAGAUCCAACAUGAUCUACAAUAUAUUGAGGAAGACAUCAAUGUUGUGGAGGGACGAAAAAUAGAUCCAUACAUGCAGGACGUUUCUCAAUCUGGUCUUGCUAUAGCUAUGAAAAAUACAGUUCAGAAUAAGUUGGGUGACUUGCAAGAGUGUUACUUGCAAAAUCGACGUGAAGAGAGGGACCCUGAGGUCAAAAGGAGAGAGGGUUAUCAUUCAGGACUUGAAGAUUUUUAUGCUGUAUUUACUACGUUUACGCGAUACAGCCGUUUGGAAGUAAUUGCUGAACAUAAGCACUGCGAUAUGUUUCACGCAGCCAAUAUUGUAUCGAGUAUUGAUUUUGAUCGAGAUGAUGAACUGUUUGCCACAGCUGGAGUUUCAAGGCGUAUCAAGAUUUUUGGGUUUUCAUCGGUGGUGAAUGAGCCAACAAGUAAUCAAUAUCCUGUUUUGGAAAUGCCUACAAGAUCGAAACUUAGUUGUUUGAGCUGGAAUAAGUAUACAAACAACCUUAUAGCUAGUAGUGAUUAUGAAGGAAUAGUGACAGUCUGGGAUAUAGCUACAGGCCAGAGUGUGAUAGAGUACGAGGAACAUGAAAAGCGAGCUUGGAGUGUUGAUUUUUCGCGCACAGAACCGGCAAUGAUGGUGUCUGGAAGUGACGAUGGCAAGGUGAAAGUUUGGUCUACUAAACAAGAGGUGAGCAUUAUUAAUAUCGACAUGAAAGCAAAUGUAUGUUCGGUCAAGUAUAACCCAGGGUCUAGCAUGCAUAUCGCGGUUGGUUCGGCUGAUCAUCACAUAUACUAUUAUGACUUGAGGAAUUCCAGACAUCCUAUACAAAUUUUCAGUGGACAUAAAAAAGCAGUUUCUUAUGUGAGAUUCAUGUCUAACAAUGAGAUUGCUUCUGCUUCCACUGAUAGUACUUUGCGAUUGUGGGAUGUAAACGACGACAAACCUGUAAGUAGUCAAUUAUGUCCCUUUCAUAGUGUCUCUAAUGUAAAUAAAAUACCCAUAAUCUUGUUUUUUCUUCAGUUGCGCACAUUUAGGGGUCAUACAAAUGACAGGAAUUUCGUAGGACUAUCGGCCAAUGGAGAAUACAUUGCUUGUGGGAGUGAAACAAACGAAGUUUAUGUCUAUCACAAGGGCAUCCCAAGUCCGGCAGCAUGGCACAGUUUCGAAUGUUCAGAAGACACAGAAAAAGAAGAUGCGGGACCCUAUUUCAUAAGUGCGAUGUGCUGGAAAAGUGACAGCCCGACCAUGUUAUGUGCAAACAGUCGAGGAACUAUUAAAGUUCUAGGACUUGCACCCUGAUUUAAGGUUCAGUUUUUACUUUUUCUAAUGGUGUUGCCAAAACCGAAAAAUAUUUAGUCUUGAAUUGUAAUAUUUAGACUGGAGCAACAUAUAUGGUGCUCAAAUUUUGUUAUUGUCAAAAAUGGGUUAAUGGCAAAAAUCUAUUUUCUAUAAAAAAAA